AUGAAAAUUCCAGUCAAAGUGAGUCAUAGGGAGGACAAAUGGGUAUGGGUAAAAUCCCAUAAUGGCAAACUUUCAGUGAAGUCGGCAUAUAAGGAACUUCUUGAUCAUUCUGAGCCCAAUGAGUUUGACCGGGUGAAGUCAAAAAUUUGGAAAUCAAAAAUUCAUGAUAGACUUAAGAUGGUUUUAUGGAGAGUGGCUUCAGAUAUUCUUCCAACCAAGGAAAAAUUGGCAAGAUUCUUUCCAGCCAUGGAUCCUAAGUGUCCCCUAUGUGAUGCCUCACCCGAAUCCUCCUUACAUCUAUUUGUCUACUGUCAUGCUGCAAGAUUUUUGUGGGCUGGUAAUGAGUGGGGCUGCAGACCAGAUGCAAUGCAGUUUGACUACCCAGGUCAGUUUAUAAACUUUCUCUUAUCCCCCCAAGUCUCUUCCCUUCGCUCUUUUGACAAGGAGGGUUUCCUUUUAUUCGGGGCUUUGGUGUUGGAGAAUUUGUGGUUUGCUAGAAAUCAAGCUAUUCACAAAGGAAGUAAAUUCUCCCCAAAUAAAGAAAUCCAAGUAGUCUUAAAAAAAUUUUUUGAACACCGUGUUGCACUCACUGAUGUUCCCUUAGUGUUGCCUAGACCUUUUUAUUCUUGGAUCAGGCCUGAGCAAGGAGUUGUUAAAAUAAAUUGUGAUGCGGCGGUGGGGCUAGAUCACUCAUUUAUUGCCAUUGUGGCGAGAGAUUGGAGAGGGGAUUUUAUUUUUUCCAUGUCCAAACGGGUGAAAACCAACAUCCCCAUCCAAGCUGAAGCUAAAGCCAUUAAUUUGGCGACUUGUGUUGCUGUUAACCACGGGUUUGAGUUUGUAGUGGUUGAGAGCGACGCCAAAGCCUGCAUUGAUGCUCUCAAAGUCCCCUUUGAUGAAGUGCCUUGGAGAAUUUCAUCCAUUACAGCUGAUACUCUUUUGCUGGCAUUCCAUGGUAAGAAGUUUGUUUUCAGGUGGACUCCAAGAGAAUCAAACAAAGCAGCCCAUGUUUUAGCUUCUUGGUGCCUUGGGAAAAAUUUAUCUGGAUGUUUUGGUCAGGGUUAUGCUCCUAGCCCUUUUUUGGAUGUAAUUAAUUCUGAACUCUUAGCUGCUGAAGCUACUGGUUAG